GAGAGAGAGAGAGCGCGCGCUCACACAUAACUGUUCGCUGUAAUACGACACAGAUUAAUAGACAGCAACAGGAGUCAGGACACAUUUUUGUCAAGACUUCAUCUUCCCAGCUCUUUCCUUCUCUGGAAAAUCUUCAGAUUGAGGGCCGGGAAGCAUCUGCGACAUUUGAGCUCUGGUUAGAUGUGAGAUACGCAUCUGAAAGAGUUUAUACCACAGCCUAAAUGAGACUCCGCGGGUCCGCGGGGCACCGGAAGGAGACGGGGGAGUUGUGGGGGGAGGCGCAGGGAGGCCACCGAGGGGCUCCGGUGUUGCGGAGGGGGACAGAAAAGGAGAAAGCGAAAGAGCAGGGGAGACGGGGAGCGAUGGCCACGGGAGAAAUCACGACUCUCCCUGCCUCCCCUGAAGAUGGGGCCAGCGGAGGGUUUCCUUCGGGAAACUUCAAGGACCCGAAACGUCUGUACUGCAAAAACGGCGGGUAUUUCCUGAGGAUAAACUCUGACGGCAGAGUGGACGGGAUCCGUGAGAAAAGUGACCCACACAUUCGGCUCCAGUUUCAGGCGACGGCUGUAAGCGAGGUGUUGAUCAAAGGAAUCUGUGCUAACCGUUAUCUGGCCAUGAGCGCUGAAGGACGACUCUUUGGAACGAGAAGACUCACAGAUGAAUGUUAUUUCUUUGAACGCCUGGAGUCGAAUAAUUACAACACAUACAGAUCCCGGAAAUAUCCCGACUGGUACGUGGCUCUAAAGAGAACAGGCCAGUAUAAAUCAGGUUCGAUGACCGGCCCGGGGCAGAAGGCUAUUCUGUUCCUCCCUAUGUCUGCCAAAUGUUGAUCAAGAGAUGCUCUCCACCUCAUCGUGUUCAACACGAGGGUCAACGGCCCAUUGACGCACGCACUCCACAAACCCAACACAAACCGAAUGAGAUCAUUGGAAACACAACAGAGAAGAUUCAAGUUCAUUGCUGUUCACAGUGCACUGCUUUAACACUAUGAGAACUCUUUUCAUUUAGCAUUUAUAUCGAGGAAUCCUUCCAAAACAUGAAUUGAAUGUUAUUAUUAUUAUUUCCCUGGAUAUAUUAAGACGGAUUUGUCCACAACAACAUUUCCCAACAUGGCCGAAUGAACAAACCCCACCGAUAUGAUACGAUUUUCCAAAACAGGUUAUUCCCAAAGCUGAAGGUGGGCAAUAGUGUUGCUUUAAAGAAUACACUGAGCUGUUAUUGCUGUUUUUCGACAGAAGACCAGCACUGAGAGAUACUGGACAGAUUGAUUUCCUGAAAGUGUUUUUGCUGAAAUCUGUAUCUGUAUUUCUUAUUCUGUAGAGGAAUUUUCCAGAUCUUACAGGAAUGUUCAAAAUGUGAGUUAAUUUAAUGCUGCUUCACAGAGAUUUUAUUCUUUACGCUCAUUGUACUUUUAAGUUCAUCUAUAUUGUGUAUUUUAUAGAAACGAAGGGAUCUUCUGCUGCAAUAAUGAAGGGAUGAGUAGUAUAUCAUGAAUGUUUUUCGAAAAACUUUAUUCUUUGUCGUGUUGGCUACGUUUUUGUCAGUAAAUAGACACUUUUGUCCAAAGUGACGUAAGGUGCAAUCAAGCUAUACAUUUUAUCAUUAUAUGUGCAUUCCUGGGGUACUGAACCCAUGACCUUGGCGUUGCUAGCGCCAUGCUUUACCAGCUGUAUUAAUCCAUCACUGUUUUAAUUGUAAAAAAUAUGCUAAAAUGGUUAACAUCAUGACAGUACAUCAAGACAUGCAGGUGUUUUGUCAGAUGAUCGCUGUAUUGAGUCCACCGGCAUGUUGAUUCCAAACCGAUGCAAUGAGGAAUGGACGUCGAAAGUGUGCGCUUUAAACCUACUGUUUUGUAUCAGGAUGCUGGUCAUACAGCCAUUAAAACACACAAAAUAUUUUUUUUACAAAUUUCCACAGGACAAAGAAACUCGGAAAACAUAGAUUCAUUUAAAGGCUGCGUUCUUUCUGUGUUUUUGAAGCUUUGAUUGUAUAACAUGUGUUCAUGUUUCACGUGUAAAAACUCGUUUUUUUUCCACACAAUUUACUUAUCUGUAUAGCGCUGUUUUCACUGUCCUAAAAACAGGCUGAUGUCUUCCUUGUUCUAUGAAGUCCCUCGUUCAGAAAUACGUAUCGAGUUCUGAUUGUGUAGUUUGUUUAGUGUGUUUUGAUUCGACAGCAGCUUAGCUUAGCAGAGCCGUUUGAGCUUAGCUGGCGACUGACGUAUUCCUGUGGGCGGAGUUUAGUCAAAAAACUGUUUUAUUGACGUCAUUCAAUCAGGAAGUAGAGGGCUGUAGUCUUUGAAAGGCAAAUUCUGUUAAAGAAAAUAUAUCGCCUGGCAGUGAACUUUGAGCUUUAUCCUUUUACAGGUAUUAUUUAUGCUAAUUUUCAUGAUAGUUGGUUGUGCAAGUAUUGUUUGAGGUAAACCCCCAUAUGAACUCCCAAUGUUGUGUUAUUUAGUUAGAAAUGAAUCAUGCUUGGGUUGAUUCUGUUCUAUGUGCCCAAACUGAAAAAAAAAUGAUUCAUUCAAUUUACUCAUUUUUCUUAAAGGUGCAGUGUGUAAUUUUUAGAAAGAUCUCUUGACAGAAAUGCAAAAUAAUAUACAAAACUAUAUUAUCAGGGGUGUAUAAAGACCUUUUUAUAAUGAUCCAUUAUGCUUUUAUAACCUUAGAAUGAUAUGUUUUUAUCUACAUACACGAGGGUCCCUUUAUGUGGAAGUCGCCAUUUUGUGCCGCCAUGUUUCUACAGAAGCCCUUAACGGACACACUUUUUUCCUAAGUUGUCUCUGAUAAUGACAUGUUUUUCCGGUGGCGGCUACCGUAGCUUCUCUAUGCGUUUCAAAAGUGAGGGGUAAGCAGUGGACUGAGCCCUUGUUUGCAAUUCGCAACCUCACCACUAGAUGCCGCUAAAAUGUACACACUGCACCUUUAAGGUAAGUGGUCGCAAUCAAUUUAUUUAAGCUACAUUUAAACAAACAAACAAACAAAACAUUGAAAAACCAAACAAAAAACUUUUGUUUAAAUGUAGCUUACAUAAACUGAUUGUGACCACUUACCUUAAAAAAUUGAGGAAAUUGAAUGAAUAAUUUUUUUUCAGUGUAAAAAACUUACUGGUGAAAGAUUUUUAACGUAUUCAUGCAUUGCGUUUUUUGUAAUCUGUACGAAUUGGAGAUAUGUACUUAGUUAUAGGCAGUGUUUAAAUGUCAAAAGAAUAUGGCCCUAGCUAAGCCACCCCCCCGGCCAAGAGAGUUUACAUUUAUUUCAGAUAAAAAUCUUUUGGAUUGGUUUAUUGCAGAAUUGAGACAGACACUAUCGCUUUGUGUCAGCAUAGCACAAGAAUUUUAAAUUGAUGUAGUAUUUAAAUGAAUAAAAACCAGGUUGGCCUAGUUUAUAUUUUUGCGCUUUAUAGGGGGUCCCACAAUGCUGAAAAAAAUUAUUCAUUCAAUUUACUAAAUAUUUUAAGGUAAGUGGUUGCAAUUAAUUUAUUUAAGUUACAUUUAAACAAAAGUUUUUUGUUUAAAUGUAGCUUAAAUAGAAGUUUGUGAUUGGCCAGCAUAACAAAACAGAUUUUAUGUACACAUUGCACAAUUUUGUACAAUUAUGUAGUUUGCGUGCUUUGAUGGCUGAAUGACCAGCAUCCUGAUGCAAAACAAAAAGUUUAAAGUGCACGGUCUGGACGUCCAUCCCUCACAACCUUGUUUUGGAAUCAACAUGGCGGCAGACUGAAUAAGGUGUAUACCACAAAUCUUAAAAAAGGUUCCUCUAUGCACCUAAAGUUCGCCAGACAAACUUCUUAUCAAGAACUGCUUCUUGAUCUGAUUUCUUUUGAGGUCAGUGUAUCACUUUCUGAGUUAGUCAAAAAGCAGAGGUUAGAAAAAUCCCCCAGGGUCAUAAGUAAGAAUUUACAUACAGUUUUUGUACAAUAAAUAACAAUGAAUCUUAUGUUUAAGUGUCAUUAAGUUUUGCUGACAACGUAAAUUUUUCACAACAAUUUACAAUUAGCUUACAAAUUUAUUAAAAUCAGAACAAAAUCAACUCAGCACUAAUUCCAAAUAAAACUCAAGACCAAAAAGAAAAUCAGAAUUAAAAAUAUGGUUAAUUUUCUUCAUGUAAGAUAUAAUUUAUUUAAUACUUUUGAGUUUAAGGUGAAAUAUGACAUUUCAGGACAGUUUUUGCGAAGCAGACAGAGUCUCUCGCCGUAUACCGUCUCUCUAGAUCUCUGGCAGCCGUCUGUAGUAGAGCUGAUAAAACAUACCCGAAUAUACAGCGGGCAGCUCCUCCAUAUUCAAGUCAAUAUUGUGAAAGCCUUUUUCCAACCCGUACAGCAGAAGUUUGGCUAUUCGACUCGUAAUUGGUGUCGUCUCGCUAGUCUUGGCUAAUUCAGCCAAAUCCAACCAUUCGCAUCGCAGACAUUCCUGAGUGCAGAAGUUAAUGUCGUAUGAAAGUGGGCGAAGUCUGCAGAUAAGAUACAUGUCGGACAUCCUGAACGCUCCGGGGUGGUUGUGCUGCUGACGAAUACUGAGAAGAGAUCGGAAUUCUGAUCGGACCCCGGUUUCUUCAAAAACCUCACGGACGGCUGUGUCACCUAAAAUACAAAUUUAGUUAAAAAGGAAACUCUAUCAAGUGGUUAAAGGUUCAACGUGCACGCACUUUAUUACAUUAAAUUAUAUUUUCAGCACAAACAAGCAGUAAUUAUAAGCAAGAGUCACCACAAACAUGGCUAUAAAUUUAUAUCACAAGUUAUGCAAUAAGUAUAACGGUAGUAGACGGUGAUCUUUAGAUGUGUGUCAACCUGGAUUACAAAAUCAGUCAUACCGGUCAAUUUAUCAUCUGAAAGCUGAAUAAGCUUUCCAUUGAUGUAUUUGUUAGGAUAGGACAGUAUUUGGCAGAGAUACAACUCCUUGAAAAUCUGGAAUCUUAGGGUGCAAAAAAUAUUAUAAAUACUGAAAAAAAAUCGGCUUUAGAGUUGUCCAAAUUAAGUCCUCAGCUGCACAUAUUACCAAUGAUAAAUAAAGUUUUGAUAUAUUUAUAGUAGCAAAUUUACAAAAUAUUUUUACACAACAUGAUCUUUACUUAAUCUCCCAAUGAUUUUUGGCAUUAAAAAAUCCAUCAUUUUGAUCCAUACAAUGUAUUGUUGGCUACUGCGACAAAUAUACCCGUGCAACUCAUGACUGGUUUUGUUUUCCAGGGUCAAAUUCAUCUAUAUAAAGCUUUUGAAAGCUUUAAUGCCAAAACAGAGAGAAGGGAAAUGUGGUAUUGUACUUUUUUUUAUUGAAAAUCUUGAGAUUUUCAAAUCUUGGAUGAUGGUUAUACCAACCUUUUUUACAGAAACAAAUAGAAAAUGUAAGACCUAAAUUUUACCAAUGUUUUCUCCAAGAUCUGACAGACCACCAGGAAACUUCCAAGCAUUUUUAGUCUGGAAAAAGACAGAAACAUGUUUAAAGCACAUUUUACCUUACUUUCUUUGAAAUGUAUUUUCAUUGAAAUGAUUUCUAUGGUCUUUUGUUUCACUCUUACACUCCUACAGAAAUAUUAUUAUCUCUGUCAAUAUAACACUAAUCUAUUUUAUGAACUUUUUUAAAGUCGUAGAUUAAAGAUUUGCUUUUUUUGUGGACCAGCGAUGCAAAUUGUCAUUAAUUUGUUAAGAUUAACAAAAGCAUUUCCAACUUGGUAGCAUGCUUAUUAUUAUUUAUACCUUUGAAAGGCAUUACACAAGUAACAAAAAGGGUAAAAGUGUUGAAAUUUAGGGAAAAUAUUCAUUCAAAACACAUUUAUUCUACCCCGAAAGGAAAUGGGAAGUGUCUGCCAAGUGCCAAGUAUUAAGAUCUUUUUAAUCGCAUCUAAAAAAGGAGCAGAGUUUUUAAUAAAUAAAUCAUCCGAUACUGGUGAAGAUACAGAUAUAUUUAAAAAUGAUUUUUUAAAAGAGGUAAAAGAGAUGAAGUGAUUUCAAUUUAUAUAUACUGAUUUAUAACAAAGUAGAAAAUGCUGCUAGUAUUAAAUAAAAUUUCUUACUUGAGUACUUUUAUUUUUUACAAUUGAAAAUAUUUAACAAAGCAAACAUAUUUUGAAAUCAAUCACAGUACAACAUAAUGUGCAGAAUAUUUUCAACAUCUGUAAAUGUCAUAACUUUGUAUUUGUCACUUCUAUACUAUCAAUAAAGAGCUAUUCAUA